CCAACUUCUCCAAGCAAAAUACAACAGUCAACAAACUAUGAGAGCUUUUAUUCUUUAGUUUUAGUCUAAUUAAAAAUAUCUUAAACUAUUAACGAAUGUAAAAUGGUAAGCUGCGCAGUCACUAACUGCAAAAAUACUUCAGUUAAAAUUACGAAACACACAAACGGGAUUACGUUUCACAGGUUUCCUCGUGAUAAAAAGCGUCGUCGGCAAUGGGAAGUGGCCGUAGACCGGGAGAACUGGUCCGCCACGGCGUCGAGCGCCGUGUGUUCAGAACAUUUUGAUGCGAAAGACUUCUAUGUGACAGACUCUGGGCUGCGUCGGCUGUCUGUUGAGGCGGUGCCUGUUAUUAAUAUUUCUAUAUGCCAACCAAGAGCUCAAACGGUUACAGAACUACAACCGGCUGACAUUAGUCCCACGGAUUCUGAUGAAGUUAUCAAACUAAAGUACAAACUACGAAGGCUAGAAAUAGUUUCCUCUAACAGAAAACGAAGAAUCUAUGAGCUGUGGAAGAGUAAUAAAAAAUUUAAAAAGAAAUUACAACAAAUGAAAGCUGUUAUUAAACAUUUAAUACAGAAUAAGAAACAUACAGAAAAAAUAGGCACAGAGGAAAAUACUAGUAUAGAUUUAGAAAAUAUUGACAUACGGAACUUGGAUAUGCAGAAUGUUGAAAUGUCUUGUGAAUUGGAAAAUAAGUGAGGUAAAUACUUUGCUUAUUAUUGCCAGAUUGUGAUCUACUAUCUACUAAUACAAAUUGUGUUGUAAAGCCUGACCAGGAAUAUACGAUCACGCGCCAUGUUGCGGAAUUUCACUGGAACUAAUUUUUUCAAACAAUACUGAACUGUCACCCUAUACAUGAAAAUAACAGUGCCCUCUUGAGAAUGAUCAUAUAUUAAAAAGUUGAAGUUUUUGGAAAUUUCAUGAAACAAGAAAUAAACAAGACUUAUAUACCGGGAUAUAGACCGUGAUUACCUUUUGUAUUAUUUAUGAGCUCCCGUGAACGUGUGUGAAUUAACCGUGAAUCAUUCAAAACUCUAAGAAAUAAACAACAUGCAAAUUGUGGAAGUGGAAAAUUUCAAAAUUAAUAAUUAAUUUUAUUUUGGUUCUAGGUAAUAGGUGAAUUUGUCAGAAAAAAGCAUUCAAGUUGUUUUUCCCAGAAAUCUACAAUUUUAAAAUUUUAGGACAAGGGCCCGUUUAUCGAAAGCUUGUAGCUUGUAAUACAAGUGGAAGUCCCUUUCUAACAAAAGCUGUCAAAAAGGGACUUCCGCUUGGAUCAUCAAGUCUAGUAGCCUUCCAUAUACUGAUCCAUAAAAAAAUGUAUCUUAUGUGACACACUUUGCAAUAUGUACCGUAAAGACAGGUUAUUAUGGUCCUAAUUCGUGGUCCUGUGAUUAUAUGGUCCAUGUGAUUUUGUAAAUGUACCUACUUAAUUAAAUAAUUAUUUGGUGGAACUAUGAAGUCAAUAUAUCCAUGGAGUAGCUAAGUAAGAAAUAUAUAGUUGGUCAAGCAAAACUUGUCAGUAGAAAAAGGUGGCAAAUUAAAAAAAAAAUUGGCGCGAAGGGUUA